CGUAACGUUUGUGAGGGAAAGGCAAAAGCUAGAGAGAGAGAGAGAGAGAGAGAGAGAGAGAGAGAGAGAGAUGGCGAUGAGGAAAUUGUUGCUUCUGCUAAAACCGUUUGACGUUUAUUCUCCUCCCCACGGGGCGAGCCCCCAGGAGGCUUUGAUUGCUUCUCCGUCAAUAUGAAUCAUGAGAAUAAUAAACGGUUGCUCAUUAUUUGUUCCCCCUCGAUGACUCUAGUAAUUUGACCCUUGUAUGAAUCCCGCAUAGUAAGGUACUCAGAAACCUCUGGAAAAAAAAGAACGCAAAAACAAGGUCGUUUUUUUUUUUUUAAAAGGUAGGGGGAUGCCGUAGCGUGAUUUUUACCAGCACAUUCCACUGCAAUAAGUUCUGAAGAAUGCCAUCGUCUUCCCUAGUAGUAUUUCAAUGAAGAAUGAUUCUCAGCCACUGCAAUAUUUUACAUCACUUGGAUAGCAGGCGUAAGGUGCACCUUGAGACAAUUAAAUUUUGCCAGGCAAUUCUACAGAAGAAGCCUGUUGAAUGGAAAGCUUUAGAGCGUAAUGAUUUAUCACAUCCUAUCAAUGAUGUGGAUCUGGUUGUCACAGUUGGUGGGGAUGGAACACUAUUGCAAGCUAGCCAUUUCAUGGAUGACAGGAUUCCAAUUCUUGGAGUGAAUUCUGAUCCAACUAGAAAUGAUGAGGUGGAGCGAUUCAAUGAUGAGUUUGAUGCUACAAGAAGCACUGGCCGACUUUGUGCUGCGACUGUUGAAAACUUUGAACUGGUGUUGAACGGCAUACUUGAGGGUCAAACUGCUCCUUCCAAGUUAACUAGGAUAUCAAUAUCUGUUAACACGCAUCAGCUGCCAACUUAUGCUCUAAAUGAUAUCUUAGUUGCGCAUCCAUGUCCUGCUGCACUUUCUGCGUUCUCCUUCAGGAUCAGAAAGGAGAAUCGGCCCUGUUCACCACUGGUUAACUGCAGAUCAAGUGGGCUGAGAGUUUCUGCCGCUGCUGGUUCCACAGCUGCUAUGCACUCAGCAGGUGGAUUUCUGAUGCCCAUUUUGUCUCAGGAUCUCCAAUACAUGGUAAGAGAGCCUAUUUUACCCGGACCACUCCUGAACCUUAUGCAUGGGGUCAUCAAACAUGACCAAGUGAUGAACAUUACAUGGUCUUGUAAAGAAGGUGUAAUAUAUGUUGAUGGUUAUCAUGUCAACUAUACUAUCCAAGAUGGGGAUACAGUUGAUAUAUCUAACAGAGCACCGAUCUUGAAAGUUUUCUUGCCUAAUCAGUUGCUAAUCUCCGCUCUCUGAUCUGUCUCUUAAUAUUUCUUCUGGGAUGAAUUUGAACAAACUGGAGAAAAGUUUUGCAUGCAAGCAGUCAUCAGGUUGAUUCACAAAUUGUCAGAGGAUUGGUGAAAAAGAAGACAUCUGUUCACAAGCUGACGUGACAUUAAGUCUGCAAUGCCUUAUUCCUUCCGCAGGGCUGAGCGUGUUAUGUACACAAUCAACUUUAAGAACAUUUGUCCCAAAAAAAAAAAAAAGAUCAAUGAUCAUGCGCAUUUUUUUUAAUGUACAUCCUAGUUUUAUUUGUAAUCAUUUCCGCAGCAGGAAGUUGCGGGUUUCUUGAUAACCUGGACACUUUGCAAAUAAAAUGUUCAUAUUUGUCUUUGCUU